GUUGUCCAAUCAGAGAGCAGCUGUUCGAUGACGUAUCCGGCGUCAUGUGACAUUAAGAGUAAAAUUUCCGUGAGGAACAGAACGAUCGUGUAUUGCUGGUUUUCAAACUAAUUCAACAUGACCACCGCUCUGACCCAGGGCCUGGAAAGAAUUCCAGACCAGAUCGGGUAUUUGGUCAUAAGUGAGGACGGGGUCCUGGCGUCCGCGGGCGAGCUGGAGAACGACGAGCACACGGCCGCCAUCAUCAUGCAGAUGGUGCAGACAGCUUACAAAUUUCGCCUGCAGGGCGCAACGGAUCCGCCUUUCAAGCGCAUGUCAGUGAUGUUCGAGGACCACGUGUAUGCAGUCACAGUGUCUGGACAGAAGGUAUUCGUUGUCAAGCGGCAGAACAAUCAUCCAGAGCCUGUCAUCGCAUAACAAGAGCAGCUGUCGCUGAAGGAACUCAAGGAUCCUGUCAGUAUCAGAGAGUCCCAUGCAGAAGAACUUCUGUCAGUGAUCCUAUAGAGAGCAAGGAGCUCAACUUCACCCUCAGCCUGGUCUUUGCUUCCUGUUUUUUAUGCAGUCUGCAUCUGCACUGCCAGUGUGCAGUGGCCCUGCUCACUUGCAGUUUGCUUGCAGUGAUGGUGUCUCAUGGGAGAUGAAAUGCUUCAAUGGAAUAUAUUUGUUGGACUAUGAAAACUUUACUAACCUACAUAUGGAAAAGGAAUGAGUGACGCCGACUCUAGAGGACAAUUUGCCUUCCUCAUUUCUGGCCCUGUAAGUUAUGGGCUGGAUUAUUUGUCUUGUAAAUUUAAACUUGGUUUAUUAUGUUGUGAUUAAAAUUACUUGUUGCUGAUCUUUAAUAAACUGGCCAUUUUGUUCUUUUUU